AGUAGUACAGGCUUUAGUGAUAAUGCAUUAAAUCUGAUAGCAGGAGCAUAUCCUAAUUUAAGGUAUCUCAAUUUGUGGGACACUCGAACAAUAACUGAUAAAGGGUUAUGUGCAAUUGCGCGAUCAUGCCGAAAAAUAGAACAUCUAAAUAUUUCUUACUGCAGAAAUAUUACCGAUAAAUCUUUGUUUGUAAUUGCAGAUAAUUGUCAUGAUUUGCAAGAGUUUUAUUUUGCCGAAGCGUGUUGGAUCACAGAUAAAUCUAUAAGUUGCAUCUUUAACUCAUGCCCAAAUUUACGAAAACUUG